UAUACCCACAAUGCACCGGGUUAUCUAGUGGCGUAAAAGCAACAUGGCGGACGCCUUGUGAAGGAAAAUGUUACGAACCAACGAAUGCCACCGUGCGUGUUGAACAGCGGCGUUGAACAUCUAGCCAACGAAUUUGUUUUGGUUUGACUUUUGUGAUAAAUUCAGAGGUUCCACUGGAAGAAUUUUGGGAUGGCACAGUGCACGCAGAGUGCUCAGGAGUUCGUACAGAAUUCGUUUGGGCCGACGGUGGCGGUGCUGUGCAGUCACGAUGCCGAAGUGCUGGCGCAGAAAAACAACCUUUCGAUGGUUGAGAUGAUACGGCCGUUUAGCCGCCUUACAAACGAGGCUCACAUCCGAGACCCCUCAGGUCAGCUGCAUCCCGUUCGCAACCUGCGUCUGAUCCUGAAGGAAAUGAACCAGCAGCCGGUCUCCAUCUCCCUGAUGAGGAGAAUGCUGGAGGAGAGCGUUAAUAGAUGCCAGCCGCCACCCGUUGAUGGCAACCGCGGCAACGUCAUCACCGUCGGCUCCUAUGACCUUCAAAUUGGGGCCUCUACAGCUUGGUAUGAAACAUACCGUGAUGUCUUCCUUGAGCUCUUGACCCCGUCAGAUCACGAGUUCAUACAACACUACGUAGCCUGCAUGUUGGUGGUGUCCACCUCCCAUGCAGAUCCCAUGGACCAGUUUGCCAAGCUGAACCAACAGCAGCACUUCCUGCAGCACACCUCCAAAUCCCCCUACCCUAAAUGGUUGGUUCCAAACAUCUUCAAGUACUACGUGCUGGUACAUGACAACACAGAUGGGGAGGAGGAAAAGGCUGAGGCAGUUUACCAGAGCAUGAAGUCAACCUAUGGCUCCCAUGCAUGUCAUUUGCUAAGGAUCAACUCCCGAUCCAUCCAUGCUGUUGAGACCACAGCGCUGAGCAGUGACAGUGGGAUCAGCAUGCCAGACCCUUGGAGCCAGUACAUGAACAAGAAUGCUGAGCAAAUGGACACUUCAGUGAGUGACAUUCCUCAAUCCAUGGAUGAUGAGGGCUUUCCCGACAGGGUGAUGGAGGCAGGGCCGGAGAAUCUUGAAGUUGAACAAGCCUCUGAUGCAAGUCUGCUCACCCCUGACAAUGCAGACGAUGGACCCAACGACCCUUCACCCGACGGAGUCAUCCUCACAAGUCAGGAGAACGCCCUCAACGAGGUCAUUGCACACCCCCUGGACCAGUCCAGCGAAACCAAACGAUCCCAGGAACACCUGGACCUGUUUGACAGCACCGACGCGGCUUUCAACAGCAACAACAGGAUUCUCAACGACAAGCCCUUGCAGCAGGUGACGAAAGGCGCCAACAUGCACGGGGCGUGCCUGACGCUGAGCGAUCACGAUCGACUGCGGAUUUUCGUCCACGAGUUUACAGUGCGAGGCCUUUUGCCCUACAUCGAGAAAAUGAUCAGGACAUUGAGUGAACAGCUGGCUGCAAGGAAAGGGCUGCACAGGUCGCUCUUCAGUGCAACCAAGAAGUGGUUUGGUGGUAACAAGCAGGCAGAGAAGGCUGCCAUCACAGGGCGGGAUAUGGGUGGCAAGUAUCUGCGCGAGGCCCCAGAGCUACAGAUGAGACGUCUAGCGGACCUGGCCUUCCUGGUGCAGAUGUACGAACUGGCCUACACCUCCUACCACACAGCCAAGAGAGACUUUGGCAACGACCAGGCAUGGACGCACUAUGCUGGAGCAUUAGAAAUGGCAGCAGUAUCGGCCUUCAUGCUAGGCAGCAUGCAGAAGGCGUAUCCUACACACUACAUGGACACCGCUGUCAAUACCUACCUCAACACUUGCAAGAGGUCACAGUUUGCUACCAGAGCAGUUGUGUUGAGUACUGAGAUUCUGAAGGCAAGAGGCAUGUAUGCUGAGGCUGCCAUGGAAUUCAUUCGAAUGACGGGAGAGGACUCGGACAUACGCAGUGCCAUCUUCUUAGAGCAGGCCGCUCACUGCUUUAUCAACAUGCGUCGGCCAAUGGUCCGCAAGUAUGCCUUCCACAUGAUCCUAGCAGGCCAUCGAUUCAGCAAGGCUGGACAGAGGAAGCAUGCUUUGAGAGCCUACUGGCAAGCGUUGCAGGUGUACAAAGGCAAAGGAUGGACUCUAGCAGAGGACCACAUCAAUUUCACAGUGGGUCGGCAGUCGUUUAAUUUGAAGCAGUUGGAGAAUUCCACCGCAGCCUUCAAGCAUCUCUUGACCUACCAGAGCAGACAGCCAGCUGCACAGCAGAGCUCCUUCUUCAAGGAGUACCUCUAUGUUUUCAAGCAACUAUUGACCGUGCAAGCUGAGGAGGGCAGCCCCCAGGCCACACUGCCUCAACUGCCCUUACCUGUCAUCAACAAGCCUGCUACUAGAGUACUGCUGACCAACCCCCGCAAGCCACCGCUCCCAGACACUCAGAUGUAUGCGACCUCGGUGACCUUUGACCGCAUCUUUGACCCGGCCGAGCGUGAGGAAUGGCAGAACCUGGAGGAGAUGGCGAUCAUGGUAGCCACCGGUCAGUACAACCUGCCGGCCGGUUUCCGACCGAAUCUGCAGCUGCUGCACGGAAAGACAGACAAUAGUAUUAGUCCACUGGUGGUUGUUGGAGAGGCAAUGACCGUGGAGCUGGUCAUGGAGAAUCCACUCAAGGUCCCCCUGACGAUAUCCAACCUGACCUUGAGAUGGAAGUUUACUCCCGUCAGCUACGAGCACGUCAACAAGGAGAACCCAGAACAGCAGCCGGCCGUGCUGUCCAAUGAGGCUGACAUAUUGACCGGAAAGCGUAAUGAGCUUGAGGACGUUGUCAGCACUGAGGUCAUUCCAGAGGUUGUGUUAGCCGGCAACGAGUACAAACCGGUCCACUUGUCCAUCACCCCACACCAGACUGGGGAGUUCCACAUCCUAGGCAUCGCCUACAGUCUCUCCGGCCAGCAGACCCCGAACGCCAAGGAUGAAAUCACGGCCAACAACGACUUCGGCAACCGGGAGAACCCGGACAGUCCCCAGAAGGGCGGCAAGAAGUCCUCCCCCCACGGGACUGGGAUCAUCUUGGUCCAGGGUGGGCAGGAGUUGGACAUCCAGGGUCCCCGGCUGAAUUCCACCAAGGUGGAGAAGUGCAGCGUUAUGUAUGGACCGGACCGACGGUUGGACCCGGUCAUCGUGCCACCCAUGCCGCUGCUUGAGGCUGUAUUUACUUCCUUCCCUUCAACACUUCUGUGCGGUGAGGUCUGCCUGUCAGUUGUGGAAUUGACCAACCAGGGAUUCAGUCCCCUCCAGAAACUCCUCGUGGCAUCCAACCACCCCGAACUCUUCUCUUUUGGAACCUCCCAAACCCCGGCCAACCAAUCAAAAACCAGCGUUUACAGGACUGUUCCAUGUGAUGGAAACACAGGGGGGAAUGGUGGAGAAUGUGUGGUAGACAAGUGUCGUGUUUCCCAUGUGACUGAGGUACCCCUCCCAGGGGGCUCCUUACCCCCAGGGGGCAGUGUGUCGUUACCCUUGUACAUAAGAGGACCAGACAGGAGCGGAAUACACGAAAUCAACAUGCUGUUUUAUUACGAAUCGGCCGAGGAAAAUCCUAAAAUGAGACAUCGGACCUUGCAUCACACCGCCACCAUUCACUCCAGCAACUCAAUAUCCCUGACAUCAUCGGUACUCCGGGCCCACACUGGGGAGAGUCGGGACACUAAAGCCAAAGAUACUAGCUUGAUCAUCAGUCUAGACAUUGACAAUAUGAAUCAGGUACAUGAUUCUCACAUCAUUGAGUUCAGCAUAGGCCAGGUAUCAUGUGUGAGUGAAGCAUGGGCGCUUGACUACCUGGGAACGGACACACUCGCAAAAGAACCCAAGAUAAGUGGAGGGGAGUCCCAGAGGAUGUCCUUCAAAGCAACAAAGUGCAGACACGGUCCACCAGACAAUCCCACAAGGGAACAAUUGUUCUUCACAAGCGUUACAUUUGGAAAACAAAUGGUGGAUAGCACGGCCUCUCCCUGCUCCGACUUCUACUUCCGAUCCACCUUUGACCCCAGCAAGCAGAGCCUGGUUGUAGCGCCCUCUAGCUUGUCUGCUACCCCCAGUACCAUGAGUCCUACAGAUGAGACGGGCGUUGCCAUAGUAACCGACAUGAAGACGGCUCUGGAGGACAGCAUCAAGGCUGGGCUGACGCUCAUUGUGCUGUGGAAGGCGUUUGUUGUCGAUGAAGACGGGUUUCAUCACACACUGGUUGGGCAGCAUCAUGUCACCAUGGAAACCAUAGGGUCAGAGGUGACCACCGUGCAGACUGUUAGGAGACCCAGGGAAAUCACACAACUCAAGCUGGUCAAGGAACCCGAGAAGGAGGCCGCCAGGGAAGCCAGCCCAGAGGUCAUGGGUCAGCUACUGAAAUACAGCCUACAGUAUUGUGAAGUCAGGGAACAUGACUUCAGCAAAAGAAGGGUCUGCACGUUACCAGUGUCUCUCAAUUUGUACAACUGCACCGGUACUGCUAUAGAAGUUGCCAUAGAAACCGCAGACCAGGACAAUACAAGUGCAAUGACUGACAAGGUAUCGGGGCAGCCCGAUUUCCUCUCUGCUGCUACCAAAGCCAGCUCCCUGGACUUCACCUGGGUGGGCCACGUCAGCCAGCAGCUGACCCUGCCCCCUCAGGCACCCCACCAGGCCCCGCUCCUCGCCUGCUUCAGCGCCCCGGGAGUCUACAACCUAGGCAAUAUCAGGAUCCUGGCCAGGCCGCCGCACGAGGGUGCUGUUCAGAGGUCAGGAGGUGAGAGGUCAGGGUUCGCCCCGCAGAGGAGACUCCCACCCAGCCUGGUGACAAUUGUUGGUGCUUCUAUUUAACUUUUAACGGCAGAAAAAUUUGCACUUUGUUUCCUUCUUAGUUUUAAAGUUUAGUUUUUAAUCAUCACUAAUUGUUAUUUUUUUGCCACGAGGAGAAUCUCAUUAAAAAAAAGGCUUGCCACUCAAAAGUGUCUGCAGUAAUUUCUAAAUGUAUAUUAAUAAAUGAAUUGGAAGAAACAGACAUUUCUAAGGCAAUUGGUUGUUAGCAGCAACAAGGUGACCAUGCUUUAUACUAGGAAGAAUAGGGUGGGUAAAACUAUGCAAGAAAAGAAAUUUGACGUUCAUGCACGAAAUGCUCAACAUCAAUAGAGUACUGAUGGUAUGAGGUGAUUUUUAAAGGCACGUAGGAACAUUUGCAAUUACCCAGAAACGUAACUACCGAUUUAAAGAGAAACUCCGUGCUCAAAGUGAAGAUAGGACCGAUACCAAAUACCCUGUGAAAUUAUUCCACCUGAAAUGGUAUCAUUCGGAAGGAAACAAUCAUUGAAGGUGGUUUAAGAAAGUGUGCCCAUGUACACAUUUUUUUUAACGUUCCAGUUCCAAGAACCCAAAAAGUGAGCAUAUGUUUUUUCUGUUUUCUCAAAGUGUGCAGUAUCCACUGAGCUGAAACUUCAACAAGUUAGUUGUUAUGCACCCUUCUUAAAUUUUUGAGCAGUUUUGUUUUUGCUUCCAAUUUAA